CACUUGCCGACCUGUAAGCAUGAUAACUCAGAUAAGCGGGCGUUAUAUCCCUGUUAUAACUCAGGCAAGCUUCUGCGAAAGGUAAAAGGUCUCUAACUGCCAUGCAUAUGACACAGCUAUAGCAAAAUCAGUGGCCAUUUGAACCACAAGAAUGUUUACCCCCUGUGGGGCCCCACCACCCCCACCUCCUCCUGCAAAAGUUUGUUCACUAACCAGCAUCAAUCUAAAGAACAUCUCGGGGGCAGUGUUAAUGGUGCCACAGGAGCCAACUAAUCACAGUAAAGAACAUCUCAGGAGGAACAUCAAAGCGACUAUAGAGAAGGAUAUUCCAAAUUUGUCUUCCAAAAUCAUUGUGUCUUCCAAUAACAUUGUCCAUCCAAUACUUCAAGAUGGGCCAUGCUGCGGAGUUGUUGCCCUUGCCAUGGCAGCUCAAAUGUUGAAGAAAGAGAUGGCAGCCACACAGAUCCUGGAGUUCAGCCAAAAGAAAGGAUUAUCAUUGCAAGGAGAACUCUUCUCAGCAUAUGAUAUGGCCAAGUUAGCAGAGGAAAUUCUGGAUUGUACAGCCACUGUUCUGGAUAUGAAGGACUCUGGGUCCAGGAAGAGUCUCCUGGGACAUAUAGCCAACAAUCAUCCCGUCCUAGUUCCAUAUGAUGGAGACAAAAAUAAUGGACCCUGUUUGAAGAAUGGCAAUAAAGCUCACUGGGCUGUACUCACAGGGUUCCUUUUUUCACUUGAAAGAACUUUACUGCCUGACGAUGUAGGAAUGGUAGAGGAUGCUGAAUUAUCUCCUUUGUAUGAAAUACAGCCAGAGGAAGCCUUCACACUUCAGAAUUUCCUUGUUUCAUCACCAGAAGUUUUUGUGUAUGGCAUGCAGGGCAAAAGUCAGAACAUUGGUGUCUGGUCACUGGACAAAGUGCUGGAGAGUAAUGCAAAUUUGCGGGAGGUGGAUCCAAACAGAGAAGCUGAGGUGGAACAGUACAUUAUACCUCAAGAGGGAAUCCAGAUGGUUUUGUGCAAUAAAGUUGUGAUUUUAUGCAACCAGAAUCUAAACAGUUCUUAACAGGAUGUACUUAUUUUUUGUUUUACAAAUCAUAUUUAAAUAUUUGAAUUCCUUAAAGUUAAUUUUUUUUGUUUUAUUUAUGAGUGUUAUACAUGCAUUUACAAUUUGAAGGCCUGUAGUUUUGCCAGUAUUUUCCUAAUAAUUUUGCCAGUAUAUACUUUAGAAAUAGAAACCAAAGCUAAUUUACAGCAGGCUACCUCAAUAAUUUUUUAGUAUUAAUAGAAAACAAAUCAUAAUUAUGGUCAUUCAGUCCCCAAAAAAGUAAUUUUUUCAGUUUUUUUUUUCAUGAUUGUAUGUAUUCUGUAAAGUUGUGAUGGAGUUCAAAUGAUUCCUUAAAGAUUGUACUUAUUUUUGCUUUGACACUUUUGAAUUCACUUAAAUUUAAUAUUUUUGUUUUUAAUAUGAUUUAUAUAUAUGCAUUUACUACUUAAUUCUUGUAGGCCUGUAGGAACCAGGAAGGGAGACAGGGGUGUUAGCAAUAAUUUUACCAGUAUAUACUUAAGUAUGGAACUAAAGCUAAGUUAUAGUUAGCUACCUCAAUAAAUUUUCAUGAUCAGUAUUUACAAUAGAAAGCAAAGCUUAUGUCUGAUGGUUUUUAGGACUCAGGUCCUCCAUUUCAAAAAAAUGAAACUGCUUCCUUCAGGCCUGUUUUGACAAUCAUGUAUCAAUGAUAAAUGUAUCAAUGAUCUGUGACAAUAAAUUUUUGGAUUGUUAAUAAAAAAAAAGUUUGCAUUUUUUGCUGCUAAAA